CAUCAGAUUUCUCGCUGUGAGAGAGAGGGGGGGUUAGCGCUCGCUUUAUUGAGAGAGACGGAGAGAGAGAGAGGGCGAGGGAGAAACAACUCUGGACGACUGAAGACUUGCUGCUGCCACAAAUACAUAACGACAGAAACACCUAAAGAAAAACAGCUAAAUACAACUGUAAAAGUUACAGAUCGAGCCAUGGACGGGAUGGUAGCAUUUGGACGCGCUUCGCUCUCGUGCACCUUGCUGCUUUGCUUUUCAUUGCAAGUGUGCUGGGCCGUCGUGACAGUGACAGUGACUCCCAAGGUGGAGGUGAUCAAGGGAGAGUCAGCCAGUCUGCCCUGCACCUUCAAAAUCCCUCCCUCCCCGAACAAAAUCGUGGAGUGGUUCAUUGAGGAGGGUGGCACCAGGAAGCGUGUUGCGUUCCGCUCCGUGUCGGGCGGCGAGGGGAAGAGUGAUGAGGGGACACGUCUGUCCGACAGAGUGACCAUUGGAAGGGACUUCUCUCUGAACAUCUCCCCUGUGGCGGUGGAGGACCAGCUGCCCUUCUACUGCCAGGUCACUGCUGGCCCUGCCGGGGUUGGAGAGGCCAUCACACAGCUCAAAGUCUUCUUCGCUCCAGAGAUGCCAGAGGUCACUGGAUCCAACCAGGCCAUAUCUGUAGGAGACUCCUCCACACAGGUGGGCCAGUGUGUGAGCCAUAACGGUCACCCCCAGCCCAGGAUCAUCUGGUUCCAGGACUCCAAGCCUCUGCCUGAGGUCAAGGACAACAAAGAGAAGGUGUACAUGGUGCCGUCAGUGGUAAAGGAAGCAUCAGGUCUGUUCACCAUCACCAGCACCCUGAUGAUGCAGCCCCAGAAGGCUGACAAGGACAGCGUAUACCACUGCACCGUGGAGUACAGCAUGCCCAACGACAUGAUCAAACAGAUCGACUCUGACACCUUCUCCCUCACCCUCAACUAUCCCUCUGAGACAGCGACCUUUGUCCUGGUGAACACUGAGCCAAUCAGAGAGGGUGACGAGGUGAAGAUGAUGUGUGAGACAGACGGAAACCCUCAGCCUGAGAUUGAGUUCUUUAAGGAUGGGAUAAACAUUAAGGAAGGAGUAGCAGGGGGACUUUUGACUCUGAAGUCCGUCAAGCGUUCGGAUGCUGGGGUGUACAAGUGUAUGGCCACCGACUUUGAUAACCUGGAUGCUGAUCUUAAUGGAGAAGUCACCCUCUCUGUCCACUACAUUGACCCAAUGAGUGUGAGCCCUGCUGGUCCAUUGUCGACAAUGACGGGAGACAUGGUGGAGCUGCAGUGUAAGACCAAGGCCUCAGACUCACACACCGUCCAGUGGAAGAAGGGCUCCACGGUGCUGUCCCAGACUGGUGUCUUGUCUCUGAAGUCGGUGACAUUCGCUGAAGCUGGCGAAUACUCCUGCGUGGGCGCAGUGCCCUCUGUGCUUGGGCUCACCUCCAAGGCCAGCGUCAAUCUAACCGUCUCAGGUAAACCUGAGAUUGAGGCAGCUGUUGAUGAAAUUGUGGAGAAGGAGGGAGACAUGGUGACUCUGUCCUGCUCUGCUCACGGACAUCCUGCCCCACAGUUCACCUGGACACCCUCAGGAAAGGAGUCAGUGUCGGUGAAGGAUAACAAGGUGGUCAGUAUGGUCAUGCUGGAGGCCAGUGCUGCGGUCCUGAAGGACGGGGUCACCUGCGAGGCCAGUAACGACCACGGCGCAGCCUCCCAGGUCUUCAAAGUCACCAUCAAACAAGCAGUCGAUCCCAACGCAGCCAAUGAUGCAGGCAGAGGGAACCAUGUGCUUAAAACAGCUGAUAAGCAGCAGGGUGGCUCCAGUGGCGUGGUGAUAGCCGUGGUGGUGUGUGUCCUAAUGCUGCUGCUGCUGGUGGCACUCCUCUACUUCCUCAACAAGAAGGGCAAGCUGCCCUGCAGCAAGAAGGACAAUAAGGAAGUGGCAAGUGGGGAUGUGAAUAAUGACAUUGUGGUGGAGAUGAAGACAGAAAAGGCCAAUGAAGAGGCUGGCCUCCUGAACAAGCCAGGAGCACAGCAGUGAGGAACAGAGGAGAAUAUGACACAAGAAGACAGAAAGAGAGGGAUGAAGGGAUGGAUGAAAAUUGGGAUGGAUGAAAAUAUUUUUGAUAGAGGGAGAAGUCGGACUGAGGGAGAAAAGACGGUGGAAUGGAAGGGUGUUUUUGUAGGGAUGCGGGGUAACCUGUUGGGGGUGGGGUAUUUAAACAUGAGACCUAAUACAUCACUGAACAUCAUCAUGACAUUAUCAGAGUGUAAUCCCUUUCCACCAAUCACAACUCUUGGUUGACAACUCUCACAACUCUUGGUGUAGAAUAGAGCUGUACAGUAAAUGUGUCCAACAUGACUCUAGCCACAGUAACUCUACCCCAAUCCAAACAGAAAAUGCCAUUGUGUUGCAGGAGUGUAUGUGCGUGUGAGCGUGUGUUUGUGAGUGUGUGCUGUAUUGCUUUGUGUAUCUGAGCUGUGGGUUGUUCUUCGUUCAGUUAGUGUAGAACUGGAUGUGUCUGUUCUGUGUGGAGUCUGCAUCUAGCCCAUUCUGAUGGACAUGGGGAAAACACAAACUGUCAUCCUACUCUAUUCAUCCCUACGCUGAUUAUUGUGUCACUCUGAAUUCUAUCCCGUAACAUAGAGAUUGACCGUGCCUACUGUUACAUCAAACUUAAUGAUCAUAUUCCUUGCCCAAGACGAUGACCAGCAGCAUAUUAGGCUACCAGGCACAAUACUGCAGAUGUGCUUUCUGACAAACCUUUUCAGUCAAACAGGGCAAGCAAGGCCCACUUAUACAAGUCAAAAGUCAUUCCAGCCUAAAUCCACUCCGGCCUUCUGAUAAGAGCCUAUAGUACUGUAUAUAAUUCUAGACUGUUCUAAGGAGGAACUUACCCCUAUCUCCCUGUUUGCUUUGGUCCUGGCCAGAGUCCUCUCUUUACAGGAUGACAUGAAAUAGAAGACUCUAGUCCCUGUGUAUCAAUUCACUGUUUAGUUUUUCAUUUCAAAUCUAGAAUGUUUAUUCAUUUAUUCAAAUUCCUUUCAGCUGUUACCUUAGCAACAGCCGAGACAAUUUCUAACUUCCUGAUCCCUUCCUGUGUAAAUGUAUUUUUUUCUCAAACCAAAAAGCAACAAAAAUACAAGCUAUUCGGUGUACAAAUUAGUUCCAAAAUGUUGACGAAAUGUAUAUUAUGUAUCAGGUCAUUUGUUUUCUUCUUUUUGUUGCUCUGUCUCUGCAAACGGAAUACUGUAUAACCUGUCAAUCAAAUGGAGGCUUACUGUAUACGU